UACUUUAAAACCAGUCUCAAAGGGAGGUGACAAGACUGAUGAGGAAGUAACACCACCAAAAAAACCUGGAUUCCAUCAAUGUCCAAUCGAUCCACAAAAAGUAGAUCAGUUGUUAGAGGAUUUGACUCAAGUGAAGUUUGAUUUAGAAGAUUUGACUAGCAAAGUGAAAACUAUGGAGGGGGCCACUGAAACAGUUCCUUUUCAAGAGAUGCGUAAUAGCUUAUCUCAAGUUGAUGGUCUUCAAGAAAGGCUAAAGAAACUAGAGGAUAUGCUGGAGAGUUUAAAGGACCUGGGAACAGUAGAAGACAAAGGAACGGUGGGUCAGAGGCUAGACUUCUUGGAGACAACUCUGUCUGGCCAUGACGAGCAGCUGACCAAUAUAAAUGGUACGUUGGAAGAAAAGUUACCUUACAUCACUGAACAGUUUGAGGAACUGCACCAAGAGAUGGGUCUUCUGAAUGAGAAAGUCAACGUCAAGAAUGUCUCCGCCUUUGACCAGAGGAGUGUUCAAGAGAGACGAGUCUCCUCGACACCAGACCAGACAACGAGCAGCAUCAACAAUAUCAUAGCCCGCCUCAGCUCCGUUCAGCACGACCUGGACAACCUCACUAUGGUCACCACCAACCUAACAGAGGAACAGGACCAGCGACAGAUGAUGAUAGAUACAUUGUCAGAACAGAUAGAGGUACUGAAGGUUGCUAAAGCUGACAAAACCAAUGUAGAAGAUAUUCUGGCUUCAAAGGCGGACAUGAGUCAAGUCCAUCGCAAAGUGUCUCAUGACCACUUUGAGAUCAAGAUAGAAGGACUGAGCGCUAAAAUGGACGAUGCUUUUAAUAGAUUGGACGUUCAUGAGGAUAUGUGGCAAGAAGAAGUAGAAUUACUGAAGGCCGAUAUUGAAAACAAGAUGGACAAGACAGAGUUCUCACCAUUGAAGGACUAUGUGAAUGAGAAACUGAAACAGAUUCAAGACAAAAUGAAAAUUUUGGCUGCCCAAAGAAGAGAAGGGGAAGCAGCUGGAUCAAAAAGGAAAAUCAUCAGUGUGCUCAUAAACUCGGUAAUCCUGGACGCCGGAAGCUCUGACUCUUGGCCCAGAGACAUGAUAACCUGGGUUCAGAGAUUUGAGAUCUUGAACCUCAGGGAAACAGAGGCAAAUCGUAAUGACCCUGCGCGUACCAACAAAUGUCCUGGAGUGUUGCUCUAG